CCAGCUGGUUCCCACACGUGUGCAGCCCCUCCUCCCCCUCCACCUCCUCCCAUUUGACCGUCCCACACGUGCCACCCCUCUCCCUCCUCUUCUCUUUGGUGCAACAAAUAAAAGUUUGAUACUUUCUCUCUCCUGGUGUAGUUUUUGACAUGGGUUUUGGGUUUUCUUGCACCUCUCUCUCUCUCUCUCUAACUUUCUCCAUCUAGAACUACAUCUUUUCUUUGUGCGUUUGUGUGAUUGAAAGCAUCAGAAUCUGGCCUGAGAAAACCCAAGUAAUAAUAUCUUCUUAUCCGAAAAAAAUACCGAUGAGGAUCCGGAAACGACAGGUGCCCUUCCCUCUGUCGUCUCUCUCUCCGGUGCCUUUAUCAGAUCCCCUCCUCCACGACCUCAACUACUCACCACCACCCGUGGUGCAACUCCACCCCCACCACCGCCAUGAUCCUCCAAAUCCCUCCCACCCAGUUGAGAAAACUGUCCAUGUGGGCCACCCCCCUCCGCAGCCCUCCGAUCAGCGAGUCUUUCCGAUCGGACGAGCAGGCAAGGGUUCUGAUGUUUCUGGGGAGAAUAAGAACAAAGAGAACAAGCAAGAUUGUGGUUUGGAGAUAUCGAUAUUGAAAGGGGAAGAAGAUGAGAGAGAAUCCAGAAAGGGAGGAGAUCAGAAGGGAAAUGAUGAUGAUGAUAUCAGGGAGGAAAGCAUAUUGGUUGCUGAAACGUUAAUGGGGUUUGCUUCGGGAUCAUCUAGUUCUUCUCACCCAGCUGCUGGGAGUUGGUUUAAAGGAGAGAAAGCGUUUCCAUUGAAGAAGCGAAGAGGAAGCUUCGAGAGAGGAGCCAAUAAUAUCGGACAGACGAUAAUGGAUGAUCAGAAAGACAAAAAAUCAAUGAAAACGAAGACGAACAAGAAAAGGGAACCUCGACAGCAGCAAAAUGACGAUGUUCAACAGAAGCAAGACGAUCAUGUGAUUGAUGGCAAUAGAGUCACUACUAGUGCUAGUGCAACAAGAAAGAGGGCAAGGGGAGGUGCACUCAUGGAGGGGUCGCGGUGCAGUAGAGUUAACGGAAGAGGAUGGAGGUGUUGCCAACAAACGCUUGUUGGGUACUCUCUUUGUGAGCAUCACUUGGGGAAGGGUAGGUUAAGGAGCAUGAAUAGUGUCCGAAGCCGGUCGACGGCUGCGGCAACUGCUACUACCACUACUAGUAGUACUAGAAUUGCUUCUACUGAGACUGAAUUCAAGCAACUAUCAGCGUCUAGAAUAUUAUCCGUGGAGUCAUCACCGCCGCAGAAAGAAGACACGAAAGCUGUUUUGCUGCUGGACGAUGGUGAUAUUGGUGAAGGUAAAGGAAAUGAAGGUGAAGAUGAAGAGAUCAAGAAGCCGUUGCUGGUUACAAAGAAGCGGAUGAAGCUUGGGAUCGUUAAAGCCCGAUCCAUGAGUAGCUUGCUAGGCCAAACGAAUAGUCGUGCAAUGGCUGAUGAGGAUGAUGAUAAUAACAAGUAGGUCAAAAGCAUAUGUAGGCAAAUCAAUGGGGGAUUUUAUUCGGUGUAACUUGGGAGAGAGAGAGUAGUUGAGGUUAAUUUAGAAGUGUGAGCUUGGUGCAACUAGUUUCAACUUGCAAUAUGUGUGAGAUUCUUAUAUAUAAACAGAUGCUGGAUAAAGUGUUGGAUUUAUCAUUAUCGUCCUCAUCUUUUUUUA